AUGCAAGGAAAAUGUCCGUUAGAGCCUAAGAACAGAUUCAUCAAUUUAAAACCAAUUUCUCAAAAAUUAUUCAGCAGAACUAUGCUAAAUUUUAAUACUUCUCCCUCAAAUGCAGCUUCAGAUCGUGCUCCUAGCAAUAAUAACGAAGAAAUAAUUAAAAAUAAUAUUCGCCAAACAAACAGAGUUCUAACUGUUUUAUCCCCAAAAAAUUCAAAACCUACGCUAAUUAUUAAAAAACGGUCUAAAACCCCAAGAAUCCAAACUCCUCUUACAACUCAAGGCUCCACAAAUGACCUUGAAAUCGCAAAAGAUCCAAUAGAUUUUUAUGAUUUUGGGAAAAUUUUAGGAAUUGGCUCCUAUGCAAUUGUAAGAGAAGCGGUUUAUGCUCCUUCAUUGACUAGCCCCUUCCUUUAGAUUGAGCAAAAAUUCCUACUUCAAUUUAAAAAGGGGUUAAUUUUUUUUAAAAAUUAAAAAAAAUCUCAAUAUUUUUGAAUUUUAAAUUAUUUUUAUAAAGAAAUUAAUUUAUACAGAGAGAAACUGUUUAAAUAAUAUUUUUACCACUACUUUUUCAAUUUUUUAGGUAAAAACUAAUUUUAUAAAAAAUUAAUAUUUUCACCUAUAAAUUCCCUAUUGAAAAAAAAUAAUCAAAUUUAAAAAGCGUUAAAGCACCCAAAAAUUGAAAAUUUGUUCCAAUUUAAAGGGGGGAGUAAGUACGCAGUUAAAAUUUAUGAGAAAAGCAAGCUAAUUGAUCCUCACAAGAAAAGAAAUGUAAAAAAAGAAGUUGUAAUUAUGAGUACUCUAAACCAUCCUUUUAUUAUUAAAAUGAAAGAAUGUAUUAGCACAAAGCACCAGCUGUAUAUAUUUAUGGAAUAUGUCGGAGGAAUGUCACUGCAUAAAUACUUAAAAGCAAUGCCAAACAGAAAAUUGAAUGAAGACGAAGGUAGGAGGAUUUUUGGUCAAAUUUUAUCAGCCGUAGAUUAUUGUCACUCACUAGGUAUUGCACAUAGAGAUAUCAAGCUUGAAAAUAUCCUGAUUGAUAAAUAUAAUAACAUAGAUAUAAAAAAAAAAAUUAUAUAAAAAUAAUUAUUUUUUUUAAAAAAUAAUUUAGACCAUAAUAACAUCAAAUUAAUUGAUUUUGGAUUUUCAACUUAUGUAUCAAGUGACAAAAAGAAUACAGUCUUUUGUGGAACCCCCAGCUAUAUGGCUCCAGAAAUUAUAGCUAGAAGAGGAUAUCAAGCUGCAUCAGCUGAUAUAUGAGCAUUAGGAGUCCUUUUAUAUGUACUUCUAUGUGGGAACUAUCCAUUUAGAGGCAAAACAGACCAAGAAGUCUACAAAAAUAUUUUAAUUGGAAAUUAUGAAGCUCCAAGCGGAGUCUCAUAUCUCGCGAAAUCACUAAUAAGAAAAACACUCCAAAGCGACCCAAAUAAGCGCCCACUAUGCUCACAAAUUAAAGAAGACCCUUGAAUGAAAUGCACAAAUAUAUUGCAGCCUUCUAAUAGCCAUAUUGAUUUAGAUAAGCUUCAAUUUAUUUCACAAAAAACGCUGAAAGGUAAAGAAAAUAAAGAAAAUUAA